AUGUCCACGGAAAUCAAUCCCGCGUACGGGAGUUCGCUGCCCAUGGUCAAUGCAAAAUUAGACCUUUUCAAAACGCCACCGACGGACAUCAGUACCUCUUCCUACCGUAUGGUACCCAUUCAACCGUUCACUACUGGCACGACACCCACUGAUUUCCAAGUGGAUGCCCAAGGGGAUUUUGUGGAUUUGAAUCGAAGUUACUUCGAUGUGGAAUUACAAUUGAGUUCGACUGAUAAUAAUAACUUGGCUAGGACUGCCGAUGACACAGACACCAUGAUUGCACCCGUGAACAAUUUUGCUCAUUCCAUCUUCAAACAAAUCAACAUGAGAUUGAAUGGAACUCUGAUCAGCGAACAGACACCUACCAUUACAAAGCCACACAGCGCUAUCCCAGCAACACAAAGAUACUUUGAAAGCACAGAAAGAUGCCCUAGUUCCUUUUGUAGCACAAAGAAGGCAUACGCUGAGGAUGAAACCUCAUUGGAACCCUUUAUGAUGGGAAAACUUUUAGCGCCUGGAGUACAAUUCAGUAUUCAAUUUUAUAUGAAUGCACCGGAACUAAUCUUUGAUGCUGUGACUAUCCAAGGAAAAAUCAGGGAAAUCAAGAUGAAAAUGUACCUGUGCGUGGUACGGUUAAAUGACACCAUCUUUAGAAGUCUGAUGAGUAAAAUGACCACCCAGAAACAAAUUGUCAAAUAUCCCACAGUCAGGUCCGAAAUUGCCACGCGAUCGUUCAGACAAGGAGAAAGGAUACUGGAAAUACAAAAUCCCUUCCAAUCCAGGAUACCCAAUUUCAUUACGGCAGCACUGGUGAACACAGCGGCUUUCAAUGGUGCCUACGACCGAGGUCCAUUUUGUUUUGAAAAAUCUAGAGUGACUAGUUUCAAACAAUUUAUUAGAGGAGAAGAGUAUCCUUAUGAAUCUAUGGACCUCAACUACAACAACAGACAAAAAGAUUGGACAGGAUAUCCCAGAUUUCUACAAGCUUCUGGCUACAUGACCAAAGGAGAACCUAACAUGGUCUUGUCCAAAGAUUGGGGGCAAUAUUAUGUAGGCGCUCAUGUCAAAAAUGGCAAUUGUACUCUGUUUGCCAUCGACAACGUAGCCAGCGUGUGGAUUGUCCCUACUUAA